AUGCGCCUUAUCCCGUCUUUGGCCCUCGGGCUCGUCCUUCUCGGAGGCUCGUCCGCAUCCGCGGUGUCAACACCCAGCAGCAGCAGCCACACCGGCUGUGGCCGCAAGCUCUACAAGCUCGAGAUCGGCACCUACAAGCGCGACAACGUCACCCGGGACCAGUCACCACGCCGCGGCGUGACCCGGUGGACGCAGAUCCUAGCUCCGCCCUCGACCCGCGCCAUCGCUGCCGCCAUCGCCGCCGCGACCACCUCCUCCGCCCUGCCCGCGCCCGGCUGGUCGGACCCGCAGCACGACUCAGUCACGGCCUACUACGUGGCCGACCCGGCGGUCCUGCGGUGCGCUGGGGGCGGAGGCGGCGGCUGUCGAGGAGGCGUCGUGCGGCGUGCUGCUUUGCGGGGUUGA